UGAUCAUUUUUAGCGCGAAAACAUUUAGAAACGUUUUGGCUGGUAAUAGUCAACCAAAUUUGACCCUCGAGAAAGGUCGGAGGUUAAUUCACGUGGACGCGAUGGAUUCGAGCACACAACACUACAUUCUUCGAGAUUUUGCAGUCACAACUCCACAUGCUUAUACGGUCGUCACUCCUUUCCGUUGCUCUGUUUCGGCCGUGAACUCUGUGAGGAGGUUUCAGCGAAUCGAGUAGUAAAGGCGUGGGCGUGGGAGAGCCGUCCAGGCUUUAAACCAGAGUGGGUAUGUGGGACACCUGCGCAAGCACUGGAGUUUGCCCUGCAGCGCCUGAAAGGUACCACCCACAGUGUCCUCUCCCAGUGGGUCCCUUGGCCCCUCGAAGCAUACCUCAGGCGGAAUGUGGAUUGCAUGGAGUGAAGUGGUGGAAUUGAGCUACCAAGACACUGGCGCGCAACAAAAGUACCGACUUGUCGCCGCUAGCCUCCCAGGUCACUAGGAAGCAGGCUCUGAGCCAAGGGGAAGGCAGAGGACAGAUAUGGAUGUGUUCCCAAGCUUCCCUGGUGGUUUAUGGCAUUCUCCAAACUCCUCUGCAAGGGCUGUUCCUGACCAAGAAGACCCAAGGAGACCGUCUCUGAAAUAAAGUCCGGAUGAAGAACUAAGAGGGAAAAAAUGAAUAUGGUUUUUGCUCACAGAAUGGAUAACAGCAAGCCGCCUUUGGUUGUUCCUACACUUCUGGUGCCCCUCCAAAACCACAGCUGCACGGAAAUGGCCUCCCCUCUGCUGAGCCAGGACCUGACGGCGCUUUACGAGGAGCACGGCUGGAGGAGUAAUGGAACAGACCUGCGCUACAGACCAAACCCCGGGGAAGUGGCCACAGCCAGCAUUUUCUUUGGGGCCCUGUGGCUGUUUUCUGUCUUUGGCAAUUCCCUGGUGUGUUUGGUCAUCCACCGGAGCAGGAGGACUCAGUCCACCACCAACUACUUUGUGGUGUCCCUGGCGUGUGCUGACCUGCUCGUCAGUGUGGCCGGCAUGCCUUUCGUCCUGCUGCAGUUCGCCACCGGCCGGUGGGCCCUGGGCAGCGCCAUGUGCAAGGCCGUGCGCUACCUUCAGUAUCUCACCCCGGGCGUCCAGGUGUACGUUCUCCUCUCCAUCUGCAUAGACCGGUUCUACACCAUCGUCUACCCUCUGAGCUUCAAGGUGUCCAGAGAGAAAGCCAAGAAGAUGAUUGCAGCGUCCUGGAUCUUUGAGGCGGCCUUUGUGACCCCCGUGUUCUUUUUCUAUGGCUCCAACUGGGACAGUCAUUGUAACUAUUUCCUCCCCUCCUCUUGGGAAGGAACUGCCUAUACCGUCAUCCAUUUCUUGGUGAGCUUUGUGAUUCCAUCUGUCCUCAUAAUCUUAUUUUACCAGAAGGUCAUAAAAUACAUUUGGAGAAUCGGCACCGAUGGUCGAACAGUGAGGAGGACAACGAACAUCGUCCCAAGGACAAAAGUGAAAACUGUCAAGAUGUUCCUCAUUUUAAAUCUUCUGUUUUUGCUCUCCUGGCUGCCUUUUCAUGUUGCUCAGCUGUGGCACCCCCAUGAACGAGACUAUAAGAAAAGUUCCCUUGUUUUUACAGCUAUCACAUGGAUAUCCUUUAGUUCCUCAGCCUCUAAACCUACUCUGUAUUCCAUUUAUAAUGCCAAUUUUAGGAGAGGAAUGAAAGAGACUUUCUGCAUGUCCUCGAUGAAGUGUUACCGAAGCAAUGCCUACACUAUCACAACCAGUUCACGGAUGGCCAAAAAAAACUAUGUCGGCGUCUCAGAAAUCCUACCCACGGCCAAAGCUGUAGCCAAAGACUCAAGCUAUGGUUCAUUUGACAGGGAAGCCAAGGAGAAAAAGCUUGCUUGGCCCAUUAAUUCAAAUCUGCCCAAUACUUUUGUCUGAUUUCUCAGAAUUCUUUCAAUUACUGUUAUGCACCAGAGAUUAAAAACUUUAACUGUAAAAACAGAAGCUAUUUAUAUAUUUCUUUUCAAUCAACUUUCUGAGGGAAAUGUUUGAUUUUGUAAAAUGCACUCACUAUUGAUUUUAGUUUCUGUGUUUUUUAUUUUAGUUGCUUUUUGUUUUCGAGGAAGCUUUCACCUUGAGCUUAUGGUCAAUGGUCCCUUUCCUGUAUUAGUUACAUACGUUAAAAAAAAGAACGCUUUCCUACUUUUUAAUUUACCAGUAGGUCCAAAAAGCAUAAGCCAUAUACACAGUCUUUGAUUAAUGAUUCAACCUGGUUUUAUUCUGUUUCCUUUUUCUCCUCCCUACUGAAAUUUUGUUAACUAUGGGCUUCUGUUCCAAAUGAAAUCUGCUGUGUGACACAUUUCAGAGACUUGAAUUUCUCUACUAAGCAACAUUUAGAAAGUCUUAAUACUGUAUAUGUUUUUACAUUACCUUCUGUCCGGAUCCGUCCUGGAGAGCGCGCCGUAUAUUGGAAUAUAUUGGAACUUGCUGGGUA